AGAAAACAAUGCCACUGCAACAUCUUUCUCUUUUUCUCUCUCUCUCUCUCUCUCUCUCCCCCCUCUCUCUCCGUUUCUGUUACUCGUGACCUGACUCGGUAAUCCAAAACUCAUCGCCAUGGACGAUUCCUUCCGCAAAAGACAGAGCUCCUAUCGAAGAUCAUGGUGUUGCUCGCUGACAGUCCCGCCUUCAAGCCCAGAAGCCUUCGCAAACCCUAAGCACUCCAAACCCCUUCCCAGCAACAGCAAAAAAUCCAGCACUUUGUCCAAACACACCUCCAUCUCCGUCCCCAACUCGCCUCAGAGCUCCAAAUCCGGAUUGGGCUUGGUGGGUCGGAUAGACCCUCGUCGGAUCUUGUCCCCGGGUCGAGUCUCCCCAAUUGAUUCCAGUCCGCUUCCGGGUUCGAUCCAAGAACCCGGCCCCAUUCCAUCUCCAGCCGUCGGGGCUACGACCCAUUUGAAACCCGAGAGUGUUCGGACGCCGAGCCAGAGGGUCCGGCCUGGUUGUGGGAGCAAUGUGUUCGACGUGAGGUUGAAUUUGAGGGGGAAAAGAGGUGGGGGUUUGAUAUUGGAGUUGAAUUCGGAGGUUUUGAGUGCGAAUUCAGAGUUAUUUGCGGGUUUAAUCAGGGAUUAUAGAAAGGGUGUGGUGGGAAGUGGUUCAAAAAUGUGUAGAAUAGAGGUGCCAGAAGUUGAGAAUUUGACAGUUUUCAGAGAAACCAUUGAACUUAUGUUUGAUGAGGAUGAUGAUGUCACGAAGCGCCUCUCCAGGAUGGGAGUAUAUAAGGCUAUUGAUGUGCUUGAGGCAUCAGCAGGCAUCAUAUUCACAAAAGGUGUCUUGUCCUGUUUAACAUACCUUGAGGCUGUUCCUUGGACUGAGGAAGAAGAGGAGAAACUUAGGAGCCUGUUUACAAGGUUUAAGUUUGAUGAUGCAACGACUAAGGACAUUUUGGCCAGACUUUACUUGCUCGACUCUUCUGUGGAUUCUCAACAAAGUUUAGCCAGACAGCUUGUUUGGUCUAUCACCACUUGUACAGAUGUCAACGCAAGGAAUGAGCUCAAGUUGCUAGUGAAGGGUCUGCUAUGCAGAAGUUCAGUGUAUGACAAGGACCAUCAUGACCUCAAUAAGGAUGAUAUCUAUGAUGUCUGUCAAUCCUGUCUCACUUCACUUGUUACCCUCUUUCAUGAGGCCUCUGAGUGUGACGGCAUUUCUCAUGAGAGACCUGUUAAGGAGACAGGUAAGCCCAUGAUUGAACGCAUCUCAAGGCAGGUUGAUAAUAUCAAUUGGCUGAUAGAUAUCCUGCUUGAUCGGCAAAUCGCUGAGGAAUUUGUGGAUAUAUGGGGCAAUCAGCAGGAACUGCUUCAAAUGCAUGGCCAAACAUCUCCAAUGAUUAGGUACGAGCUGAGUCGUGUAUCAGCAAUUUUACUUGUUGCAAUGGGGACCAGAAAACUGCAUUGCGGUUCAAAUUCAAGAUCAGCACUUCUCGAGGCGUGGUUUGGUCCAAUGCUCUUGGACUUUGGUUGGCUGAAAAGGUGCCAGAAAGGGCUUGACAUGAAGUGUUUGGAGGAAGCUAUGGGUCAGACACUCCUUACACUACCCUUGAAGCAGCAGUACAUUCUGUUUACGGAAUGGUUUCAACAUUUCUCGAAGUACAGCACUGACUGUCCUAACCUCAGCAAAGCCUUCCAGAUUUGGUGGCGUCGGUCAUUCCUUAGAGGUUGUGAAACUUAUGCUAUUGAAUCCAGGUAACUUGUAGACCUUCAGUUUCCAGUACUCUUGCAAUAUGGCAGUAGUGUAGAUGAAGAGAUUAUGAAGCAUGAAGAAAUGAAUAAUGUAAAUCAACUAUGUAGAUUGUUUUUUGUAAUAGCUCUUGGAGCAUGAAAUGGUAUCAGAAUUUUUUUACUUCA